GUCUGCAUUGAUCAACAACCUCAACAGGGAACCAAGUCCGACAUCAUCCCCCGUCCUCCCCCUUCCCUCUCAAUCUUUCUUCGAACUUCUUCAUCGGAGUUACAAGCCGCAGCCAUGGCUCUACAGUCUGGAGUAGGGUUUUCGAAGAUUCUUAUCAUAGCUGGAGCUGGAUACACUGGCACGGUUCUUUUUAAGAAUGGGAAAUUGUCGGAGCUGAUUGGCGAGCUUCAGUCGCUGGUAAAAGGAUUGGAAAAAUCUGGGGAACAAUCUGACGGUGACAGUGAAUAUGCUGAUGCCAUUGCUUCUCAGGUACGCCGUCUGGCAAAUGAGGUUCGACAAUUAGGUUCGAAUAAGCCAAUCACUGUACUGAAUGGGAGUCCUGGACAAAUGGGCAACUUAUCAUCGCUUGUGGUUCCCGCAGCUACCUUGGGUGCUCUAGGGUAUGGUUACAUGUGGUGGAAGGGUAUUUCUUUCUCAGAUCUUAUGUAUGUGACAAAACGUAGCAUGGAAAAGGCUGUCUCCGAUCUGACAAAAAAGCUGCAGCAUGCCUCAGAUGUCAUUGCUGAUGCCAAGAAGCAUUUGACACAAAGGAUUCAAAAUUUGGAUGAUAAAAUGCUGAAGCAGAAUGAGUUGGCACGUUCAAUUAAGGAUAAUGUUGCUGGAGUUCGAAACACUAUCACUAAUUUCCAUGAUGACCUGGGUGUCUUGCAACAAACAGUGGAAACAUUGGAUGAAAGAUUAGCAACGUUGAGUUGGAAGCAGGAUUAUGCAAAUUAUGGUUUGGAGUACCUCGUUAACUUUGUAAAUGGAAAAGCUGGGCAAAUGCCAGAAUUUCACCAGGCGCAGCCAAAACUUCCUGGGAAGCCUCCUGGUUUGCUCAAAUACUCUGGAAACCCAAAGGGCUUGAUAGACAUUGUGGACCCGUCAGUUGGACUAGACCGGUCAGCUUCAGAUGUUAUUGUGCAAGAUGGUAUCGACAGGUCAGAGAAGCAGCAAAAGCCAUUAUUUAGGGCUGCUUCAACGAGGUAUUAAUGUAUAGUUCGCAAUGAAAUUGUAUACCGUAGCUUUCAAAAGGCAAUUCUUUCAUUGUCUUCUGUGUAUCCAAUAUAACAGUAAUUUUGCAGCCAAGUUGUUGGUGAGAAAAUUGUGAGAUCGGCUGUGAUCUCUUGUGCUCACCCUUAAAACUACAUUUAGUAUUAAAUAUAGACUGACUGCUUGAGUUCAUUUACAUCCAAAUCCCUGAAUUGUGAUUACACGGGUUUGUAUAUAAUUUCAAAAAAUUGAAUUUUGCUGUUAA